AUGGGUGCCGUCGUAUCUUGCAUCAGAGGCCUUUGCCAGGCUAUCGGUUCCUGUCUGAUGGCCAUCGUUAACGGUGUCGCCUCCAUUCUUCAAGGCAUCAUCGGGGCCAUUGCCGCCUUCUUUGGUAAGUCUACGCGUCCUUCAUACCCCGUUUCAUGUCGGGCAUAA